CACAAUGGACGCAGCAGGAUAAGCGGUGACGUCAUUCCGCGCUCCUGGAGCGAUGAGCGGCGGCGGCGGCGGUGCGUCGAGUCCCCCCGCUUCUUCUUCUUCGUCCUCGGCCGCCAGGAGGCCCAAGUGCGCUCGCUGCCGCAACCACGGCGUCAUUUCGUGGCUCAAGGGCCACAAGCGACAGUGCCGGUUCAAGGACUGCGCAUGCGCAAAGUGCAACCUCAUCGCCGAGAGACAGCGCAUCAUGGCCGCACAGGUGGCCCUGAAGCGUCAGCAGGCCGCCGAAGACGCCAUCGCCAUGGGUCUGCGUGCCGUGGCCACCGGACGUUCUCUACCCUUCCUGCCCCCGGGACCCAUCUUCGGACUGCCCCUGGCCGCCAAGGCAAUGGCGCAAGCCAGGGGCUCGGGAGCCCGAGCCAAAGAAGCGGCGGCUAAGAGGGCGGCCCGCGAGGCCGCCAGGGCUCUACAACAGCAGCAGCAACAGCAGCAGAGGCAACACAGGCAGCAAGACCAGAUGCGUAGGGACGACGAGGAAGACCGCUCGUCGUCUCCCCCACUGUCACCGGGACAGCCUCCGGCACGACCACUGUCUCAGCCGGCUGCCGCGGUGGCGCCACCGUCGGCGCAACCCUCGCUGCGGCCGGAAGCGGAGGACGUACAGGCAGCCGACUCCGACAGCCCACUGUCGCCUGGUCCGUCGCUAUCCCGCAUCGCGCUCCCCCCACCGGAGCGACAACCGGCCGGGCUACUCCAGGAGGUGCUGCGCGGCUAUGACGGUGGCGCUGGCGGCGGCGUUGGCGCCAGCGACUGGAUGCGCGCCUUCGAGCGGCUGCACCACUCGACGCCCGGAACGCGCUCGGCGUUCCGCGCGCCGGUCGCCGCUGCGGCGGCCGCAGCGGCCGCUGCCGCCGCCCAGCUCUGGAGGCCUCCGCCGGGUUGCCUACUGACGCCGGCCUGCCCACUGUUCCUGCCGGCAUGCCCGCCGGGGUGUCCGCAGUGUGCACCGCUCCUAAGCCAGGCGUGGGCGCUGGGCGCCGAAGCCGGCAUCAAGCACGAAUGA